GCUACAACGACAACAACAACCUACUGGAUUUGCUACACACAACUAGAUUGGUGUUGGUCUGCUACCGAUCGCCAUCGCACACCAUAGCUAGUUUUUUUUUUUUUUUUUUUUUUUUAUAUUUACGCGGAAAACUCGACAGCACACGGCUACGACCAGCAUCAUUGGCGGUUUCUGUGCUAACUAGCAAGAAGAGCAUUCCUCCAACAUGAAUCCGCUGUGUAGCAGAUGUAAUCUAGUCGUUUACCCAACGGAAAAAGUGAAUUGUCUGGACAAGUACUGGCAUAAAGGAUGCUUCAGCUGCGAGGUCUGCAAAAUGACUCUAAACAUGAAGAAUUACAAAGGCUUUGAGAAGAGACCAUACUGCAAUGCACACUACCCCAAGACAAACUUUACCUGUGUGGCUGACACUCCAGAGAACCUCCGCCUCAAACAGCAGAGCAAGAUGCAGAGCCAGGUUCUCUACAGGGAGGAUUUUGAGAAGAAUAAAGGAAAAGGUUUCAGCGUGGUCGCAGACACGCCGGAGCUGCAGAGAAUUAAGAAAACGCAGGAUCAAAUCAGCAAUAUCAAGUACCAUGAGGAGUUUGAGAAGAGGAAGAUGGGGGGAGAGGCCCCACAUCCACCAAGCAGCCCCAGCCCAGCAGCUUACCAGCCCUCUGCAGGCUCUCAGAACUACAACUAUGAACCUGCUCCUGAACCAGUGCGCCAGGCGGCUGGCGGCCCACCUCCCAGUGCCGGGAAGCGGUACAGAGCAGUGUACGACUACUCUGCUGCCGACGAGGACGAGGUGUCCUUCAUGGACGGAGACGUGAUCGUAGAUGUGCAGCAGAUCGACGAGGGCUGGAUGUACGGCCGCGUGGAGCGCACCGGCCAGCAGGGCAUGUUGCCUGCCAACUACGUGGAGGCCAUCUGAGUGAGAGGGAGAGAAAAAGAAAGGAGGAGGAGGUAGAGAAAGGGAGGGAAAGAAGGAAAGGAAAAGCCCAGUGCCAUCUCAUCUUAAUGCCGCUUUCUCUUGAUUUUACUCUUGUUCCCUAAUCUGUCCUGUGAGACCUUAACACCCCCCCGCAUCCCUACUCUGCUCUCACUGUUCAGCUCGCCAACCACAGACACCCUCUAUCGAUCCGUCUGUCUGUCCUUCUCUGUCCGUCUGUCUGCCUGCCUGGCUCUCUGUCUGUCCGUCUGUCCGUGCUGAUGUCUGUCUCUGUUUGGAUGUUCGUCGUCCUCUUUAUCUUUUUCCCAGUCCUGGCUCCACUCUCAUGCUGUCACAAGUGGAAAUUGAAAAGUCUUAAAAGAUAAACUCGCAGUUCAUCGCAGCAGGUCAGGGGUCACGCCGCGUCGCGCAGCUCCAUCCUAGCCAUAGCACUUAACAGUCCUGACACAACAUCGUGCAAAAGUAAAGAAGUAAAAAAAAAAAAAAUUAAAAAGCCCCUUUUCCCCACAAGUAAGUCACCACAGCUGCAGACAUUACUCUGUGGACAAGAUAAGUUUGAAGUGCGGGUAGGUGUGACAUUUUCGUAGGCUCAUUUGUUAUGUUUUUUUCCUUUCUUUAAUUUUGUAGCGUGAUCUUGGCCAGACUGGAAACACAGUGUAGAAUCUCAGUCUAUCAGAACUAAGCUUGAAUAUCUUUGACUUGUGUACAUUCCUUUAACCUCUAACCCUGUUGCUGUUGCACCAAUCAGCCAGUUAUCAGUCUUAACAGAGAGGUUUUUAAUAUAUUUAUAGACACACAUCUCGCCGUUGUGUGCUCAAGCAGGCAACUUCGUGUUCAGCACUGCAUUGUGGGUUAUCGUUGUGAAACUGGAAAUCCUAGCCUAACUGAAGAGCACCCCCUGUCGAUGCCUUUCUCGGGCUUGCCGGAUACAGGAGGGAUCAGGGACAAGUUAGGGGACAUUAUCGGUCCAUCUCUUGCAGCCACACUGAAUACAUCACCUCAGCUGCUGUUGAUGUAUGGUCUAUACGCCCUUAUUCCUGUUUCUUUGCGGCCUGAAGGCCUUCAGUCACGAGAGAAUCACAAAGUUAUGGUGAUUGAAGGUUUGGAGAAUGGAGAUGGGAACAGGUCAAGUCCUUUUCCUUUUUGCUACAAAAUCACCAUCAAAGAAAACACGUAUAAAAGAGAAGGCCAAGCACAACUCUAUAUUUUUUUAUUUUAAAUUUAUUCCACUGUUGCUGUGAGUGAACAUUCCAGUCUCUUUUUUUUUUUUUUUUUUUUUCCAUUUAAUGUGAGAGAAAUUGGUGAAACCUUGGCUGUGGUAAAUGUUGUUGCGGUUUUUCUCAUGCUGUUUUUCCUCUGCCUUUUUUCCUUGUUAUUGUAAGAAGCUUAUUUUCCAAAAAAAAAAAAAAAAAAAAAGUUAGUGUAUUGAAUAAAUAAACCAGCAACUCAGUUUAUGACUCAAAACAGAAGAGUUUAUCUGGACUCGUGCGGCCGCAGUAUUAGAUCAGUCCUUGGAUUAAUCAACCUGCAGUUUUAGGUCAGAACAGUGCUGGCAGCCAGUUUGGGAAAUCAGCCGAAUGCUCGCACGUUCAAGCCUGUUUUGUGACCGAUGUAUCUCUAUUAAUGCUGCUUAUUAUUCUGGAGCUUCUAAGAAAGAGUAAUGUUAUAGAAUUGCAUUUAAAAUACACAUGAAAGAAAGUUUUAUUGUAUUCUCUGGUCAUUAAAACAUCCAUAAAAGGCCGGCUUUUUUUUUUUUUUUUUUUUUUUUUGGUCCAUCUGACAGCUGAAUCCCAAAAUUGCCAACUAUUUUUGAUAUUUGACCAGUGUAUCAGCCAAAUAUUUACCAGCGUUUGGUUUUCGGGUGGUCAAUAAAUGUAAAGAGGUUUGGUUCAUAAACACAAAAUCAAGCAUUUAAGUUGCUCGCUAUUACACAGAAAUGCUGCAUCAUUCCUCCCCUCUAGACACUGUAUUUCUGUGAGGACCUUAUCAGACUUAAAAAAAUUAUAUGAGACCAUCUCUCAGUGGUGUAGAUAAUACCUUUUGGCCCCUUGACCAUACACACCUUUUCCCCUUUUCUUGCUGUUUCAUUCUCCCAUGUGAUGCACUGUGACUUUCACAGACAACUGAUCGGGGCAGUGCGUUUUUUUUUUUUUUUUUUAGGUGGGGUGAGAGGGGCCGUAAAUAUUUCAGCUUUAUUAAAAGAAACAAGGCUCUCAAUAUGUAGCUAGACGGCAUCGAUGGCAUUGUUAUCGUAUAUAUGUCAUAAAGGAAAGUUAGGGGAAAAGUUUUUACAGGUCAUGGUGCUCUGGGAAGCGGCUUGCCCGCAGAUAAAAGCCGUUCAUGCUUUUUGUGAACACGUCUGAGGGGAAGUGAUGUGAUUUUUUUUUUUCUUUAAAGUUGACUCGUGGAGAAAAUCUAGCGUGGUGCAAGUCGUCAGUCGGCGUUGAACAUUCAUAAAAAAAAUUUUGCAGCUUUUUAAUGUGAUGAAUUGGGACAGUGCUGAUAAAAGGCUAAAAAAACUAAGAAAAAAAAAAAACACUUCCAACGGGUUAAUAGGUUGCCAAACGAAGUAAAUGAACACGCUGUACAGUAUGAAUGCGUCUAUUUUGCGUUUCCCUCCUCUUGACAACAGGAUAAGUGUAUGUGCAAAACAGAUGCUAGAUCAGAAUGCUGCUUCUGAGCUCAAGGUUGUGUGAUUCACUUGGGUAAACUGAAGAGUUGGUGGUUUGCUUGAAGUGAAUUGAUAGUUGUUCCUGGCUUAUGAUGAUGUUUGCUCAACUUUAGUUCAAUAACAAAGCUACUCACACUGGUAGCCCCUCCCCCCGUUACUCUGCGGAUCGCGUCCUAUCCAAACUUUCUUUGGUCUCGAGGUCGUCGAUGUUGUCAGUGGACGCUCUGGAUGAAAUGGAAAAAAGUGGCCAAAGACGAGCCGGCGUUGUGUAAGUGUGGCUCAGGAUGGAUUUGUCAAGGGCCAAGUCGAAUUUGAGCAUGCGACGAUGUAAGUGUGCGGGGCUGGGGGCGGGCUGGGGGGCACAGAGGGCAGCGAUCUGAUGCUCUCAGUCUCCCGGGCUCUGAGGCGGUGCGAGUUGUUCGUCUGACCUGUACAUUAGUCAGGGGUAAACCUCUGCGCGCCAAAGACCGCUCUUCUGCUCUGUCGUCGCUCUCAUCCGCUGAACCGUGAGGUCAUAUUAUAACCCUGUUUCCAUUCGGUCUCUGUCUCGUAUCCUGUCCGCCCACCUGCUGCCAUCCCUCGUUCCUUCAGCCUUCCUCGUAGGCUCCCGCGCUUCUGAUGAAUCACCCCCCCUGCUUCUAUGAUACUGGUUAUAUACUGUAGACUUUGCAGUGUGAAAUCAUGUAAUCCACAAUCACAGGUUUUUGCAUUCAGACCAGUUGUGUGCAUUCCAUCUUAAAUUCUUUUGUUUUUGAUAUAAUUUUUUUUAUUUUUUAAAUAAAGAAAAAAAAUAAAGAUACCAUAUGCAUAUUGACAUACACGUGUCAAAACUCUUACUGAAUACAUACUCAGAAUUAAGGACCUGAUAUCAUCUUCUGUUGCCCUGUUACAGCACUUCAAAUUGUACUUAUGAUUCUGCAGAUUCAAUAAAAUGUCAUUUUUCUCA